AUGUCGACGCUCCAGGCCGUCAAGUACUCCCGCGGCAGGCUGCAGGUCCUCGACCAGCUCCGCCUCCCGCACGAGUUCCACUAUGACGACGUGGCCACCCGGUCCGAGGCCUUUGAUGCCAUCGCCUCCAUGAGGGUGCGCGGCGCCCCGGCCAUUGCCAUCGUCGCCAGCCUCGGCCUCGCCGUCGAGCUUCACAACGCGCCCGCGCCGGGCAGCUCCGCCCUCGAGGCCAUUGCCCACGUCGACGAGGCCCUCGAUUACCUCAAGACAAGCCGCCCGACCGCCGUCGACCUCACAAACGCAAUCAACCAGCUCAAGGCACGCAUCCGCGCCGGCGCCGACACCAACGAGGCGGUCGUCCAGGCCUUUAUCGACGGGGCAGAGGCCAUCCUGCAGAGGGACCUGCAGACGAACCUGUCCAUUGGCGCCUUUGGCGCAGACUGGCUCCGCGCCCGCGCCGCCGCCUCGCCCACCAGCCCCGUCUCGGUCCUCACCCACUGCAACACCGGCUCGCUCGCCACCUCGGGCCACGGCACUGCCCUGGGCAUCAUACGCACCCUUCACGUGGGCGGGCUGCUGCGGCACGCCUUUUGCACGGAGACGCGCCCCUACAACCAAGGCAGUCGACUGACGGCCUUUGAGCUGACGUACGAGGCCAUCCCCAGCACUCUCAUUACCGAUUCCAUGGCCGCCUCCCUCUUCCGCACCAGGGGGCCUGCCAUGAACAUUGCCGCCGUCAUUGUCGGCGCCGACCGCGUCGUCCGCAACGGAGACACGGCCAACAAAAUAGGCACCUACCAACUCGCCGUGCUGGCCCGACACCACGGAAUUAAGUUCAUGGUCGCCGCGCCGACGACGAGCAUCGACCUCGAGACACAGACUGGCGAGGCCAUCAACAUCGAGGAGCGCAAGGCCUCGGAGCUGACGCAAAUCACGGGCGCCGUUGUCCGGCCCGACGGCACCGUCGACAAGAACACCAAGGUUCACGUCGCCACAGCGGACCAGACCGUCGGUGUUUGGAACCCGGCCUUUGAUGUCACGCCGGCUGGCUUGAUCGAUGUUAUUGUAACUGAAAGGGGGACGGUCGAGAAGGGCGCAGACGGCCGCUUUGAUUUGAGCAAGCUGAUGCCUGAGAGGUGGGCACAAGUGGUGGAAGGGCACUCGUCAUGA